UCCGUAUCCGGAUCGAGCCAAUCGCAGUUUUGGCACACGACCGGCGGGAAGCAUGAGCAUGGCCGAGGAGCGCGGAGGUCCGUGGAGCGCCGACGCGUGGCAGGCCGGGCGCGAAUAUGCUUCAUACGAGGACAAGACGACGCCAUCGCAGCGCGCGUCGGCCGAGCGGCAGGCAUCGGCGUCGCCCGUGUACGAAGACGAGAGCUACCGGCGGCCCUCGGCGACGUCCGUGCGACGCUUCCAGCUGCACGAGCCCGACGAGCGGCUCGAGCGCAUGCAUCGGCAGCAAGACAAGCUGCGCUUUCGUCAGAUGCUGGACGAGCAAUUGGAAGAGAAACAUGCGCGCAGGGCCAAGGAAGACGCAGCGCGGAAGAAAGAAGAGGCGCCGCAGGUCGAAGAAGAGCUGCGGUACAUUCAGGCCCAGCACAUGCGGGCGCAGCAAAAGCUCGGCCACGUCGCGACGCUGCGCCCGCCCAAGUUUGUUCCCGGCGCCAAGUUUGCAUCGGCAGGUGGUACGACCGCGCUUCCAGCGCCGCUGCCGGACCCGCCAACGACCAAGACGAAACUCACGAUCCAAACCAUGAUGCCUCCGCCCGCGCCCACUUUACAUGCGGCGUACGAACCGUCGUCGCCCGCACGCUCCACAAGCUACCGCCCCUCCUCUACCUACCGACCUCCCACGUCGCCGUACCGACCGUCGUCCAUCGCACGGCCAGUGACGCCAUCGACGAUGCGCUCCGGCAACGAGCACUCGCGCGAGAUGCUCUCCGAGGUGCAAGCGCUCCUCGAUGAGAUUCGCUUCGAGCGCCUCCAGCUGCGCCAAGAGCGAGAGGUCAUUGCGCUCGAACGGCAGCGGCUCGCCGACGAGACGGCGCGGUUCUUAUCGCUGCAGCGCUCGUCGCCAGUGUACGACCAACGCCAUACGAGCUGGACGCAGUUUGACGCGCACACGCUGUCGCCGACAGCGUCGCACUCGCCCCACAACUGGUCGCCGUACCGGUCGACGCGGGAUGCUGUCCAGGCGCCGUCGCUGGCGUCGUCGCCGCAGAGGAAUCGCUUCUUCCAGGACCACGAGCCAGCACAUUUUCGGACGCGACCCGAGACACCCGUACAUGCGCAGGACGACGACGAGGACGAGGCGGAGCUCGGGAACCCGCUGGAGCAGUCGCUCUGCUGCGACAGUACGUUCGUACCGAUCGACAAGCCCUUGUCGACGUUCGUGCCGCCGCGCGUGUCGACGCAGCCCGCGCCCGUCGUCUUUGCCAAGCCACCACCGAGUCUCUCGCCACUGAGCUCGAUUGACGAGAAUGACCACAACCGUAAAGUCAUUCAGACCAGCGGCAAGUACAACUGGGAUGUCGCCGAGGCCGUCGUCCCCCGUCGGCCCCGCAAGUCGACCACGAAUAGCAGCAAUAGUAGUAGCAGUAGUAGCACCGACCCGUCCCAGUUGUUUCAAGUCAAGGUGCUCGUUUAAUCGGCAGUGUCCGCUUCAUCCUAUAACACUAAUAUCGACACUGCCCGCGUCACGGACAGCGCCA